AUGCGUGAUGACUUGCUGAAGUACUGCGUAGUGUGUCGACAAUGGAUUGGUGACCCCAGGCACCACAAGCAACAUAUCAAGAAAACACAUGCUGACAUCUGGAAGCGGUAUCUUGAUAUGCUCACUGCCGCCGCGUUGAAGUGGGGCCGUGUGCCUUCUGCGGGUGCGCUGGGGCUACCGAGCACCGUGUGGUACAGAAUGAUGGAUGUGGAAGACCAGGAAACGGAGUUCUUCCGGCACCUGCUGCCCAGCUACGACGAGAAGCGCGUGCGGGAGGAUGGGGAGAAGGACCGUCCCAGCAAGUACCCCAAGCCAGACGGCAAAGACAAGGGUCAAGUAAAGUCGAAUACAAGAAAAGGGGUCCUGGCAAGAUCAGAGGUCACGACAGGCCCAAUCCUUAGAGGAUUCGAACAUGAAGCAAAUGGUGAGACUGGUUUCCAUCAUCAGUCUUAG